AUGUUAAUCUAUCGCCUUCCACUCGAGAUAUGGGAGCUCAUACUUCGGGAGCUGCCAUUACCAGAUCAUUUGGCUCUCCGCUUGACCAACAAGUACGUUUCACACCAAUGCUCUGGGCCCUUCUUCCGCCUGCCUAUAAGCAGAGAUCGGAGCGUCGUAUUAACACGGAAGAGCCUGGAUUCAUUACAUGCCUUGGCGAGCCAUCCGACGUUCGGCUCGGUCGUCACGACAAUUUACAUUAGCGCGUGUGCUCUCAAAGUAGAUCUACAAGCAGGGACCUUGACACCUGCAUUCUCAAAUCAUGUGCCUGAAAGCGGGGUAUCUGAUGCGCAGCCAGACUCAACACAUGAGAGCUUAUUGCGAAGAAGAGAAAACAUUGAAAGGUUUCGGGAGGAGAUUGCAGAUGUGUCAGAUCGAUUCGUCGCCGAAUGGUUGGAAGCGACGUUUCGUGCAUUUCGCCGCAUGGAUAACGUUCUAAUAUUCAUGGAGUCACAACAGGCUCGGCACGGGUGGGGUGGCACAAAUGAAGAGUUUGAAGAGCUUGAAGAAUCUCCUCCAGAGGAACACGACAUCAACUCUGAUCAGUUCGCCCGGACAUGUUUUCUGAGUAUGUGCGCAAUUCUUAAGAGCGAUAUCCCUGUUCAGUCCCUGUACAUUGGCAACACCAUCGGCUAUAGAUCCCUUUCACAACAGAUCCUUGAGGAGCCGUUCAAAUUAUUUCCCUCCGAGACGCUCGUAGAAUCACUGGAGGAACUCGGGAUCCACACCUGGAUUAGUGAGGCUUCUCGUGAGUCCCAGAUAUCAAUAUCACCAAAAUUGCAAUCUUGGUCAAAGUCAAUCGAUGCCCCUGCUGCAACACCUAUAUCGUCAAGCUUCGCAAGCAACCUCUGUAACCUGAAACGCUUAUAUCUCCACAUGAACUUCCUAGAUCUGCCUAUAACAAAUUCAAAGCCUUGUCCAGAUUUUUUGGAACAUAUUCAUUCGCCUAAUCUGGAAUCACUGACAUUCGUCUACUUCAAGAUGUCAGCAAGCUUUUUGUUGUCAUUUUUGAAGAAGCAUCCCAAACUUAGAGAGAUAGAGCUCUCGGAGAUCGAUCUAUCGGAGGGUGACUGGAAAGAAGCCUUGGAUUUUCUCCAUAGGGAUAUGCCAAACCUCAAAGAACUGCGUGUUAUAUAG